GUACAGACAGAUGAAGAUGUAGAUGUUUUGAUGUUUGGGUCCACUUCAGGAUUAAAUCCCAAAAAUCAGAUGUUCAGUUGGGAGGAAAAAAGUACGCAUUUAAAACAGAAUAAUAAUGCAGUGGCUGCUGAUUCUGACUCCGAUGAUUUGCAUCAGAAAUCAAGGGUGCAUCGUAAACAAAAGAAGAAAUUCAAGAAUACCCACACAGCACAAUUAUCAAGGAAAAAUGGAGCUUGUGAAGACACUCUACCUGUAGUAGCAGUACACCAUGAACUACAGAUUGCAGGAAUCCAGGUGAAGCUUCCUGUGAAACCAUAUUCUUGUCAAAUUGCAGUAAUGAAUAAGGUGAUACUGGGCUGCAAGAAAAAGGAGAACUGUCUUCUUGAAAGUCCAACAGGAAGUGGAAAGACACUGGCUCUUUUGUGCAGUGUUCUUGCAUGGCAUGAUCAUCAUACCGCCGAAGUCCAGAGGGAGAUUUCGCAACUGGCCGCAGGUGAUUCCGACACGGAGCUGGGUGAGGGUACCUCGAACUCGGCGAUGAAAUCCGGCGACGGGUGCACGAAUCGGCAUAGCAAUAUCGAGGAGGACGGGGAUUCGGAUUAUGAUAAAAUGUUCAAGACAUCGGAACGUUUGAAGAUUCCGAAAAUCUAUUAUGGGACCAGGACUCAUAAACAAAUCGAACAGGUGAUAAGGGAACUGAGGAAGACUUCGUACAGGCAUAAAAAAAUGACGAUUUUGAGCAGUCGAGAGCACACGUGUCUACAGCAGAGUACUACGAAUAAAACGGAUUUGUGCAAUGAUCUGUUGGAUCCUGCUAAGCGCACAGGUUGCCCGUUUUACAACGAGGGCAACAAAAAGGCCAUGGCCACAUUUCCGGCAGCGAAAAGACUUGGUCUGGGUCAGGUAUGGGAUAUCGAGGACUUGGUCACCAUAGGCAAAGAACAGAAUGUAUGUCCAUACUUUGCUGCCAGAAACUUGAUGGAGCACGCAGACAUCAUUUUCUGCCCUUACAAUUACAUCAUCGACCCUGAUAUCCGUGAGUCUAUGCAACUUAAUUUGAACGACCAAGUGAUCAUUCUUGACGAAGCUCACAACAUAGAAGACACCUGCCGUGAAGUGGCCAGCGUGAAUUUCCGUGAAGAUGAUCUUGAAGCUGCUGCACACGACUGUGGAAGUCUGAGCAAACAAAGGAACGAUGAUCCCAACACGUACAACACCCUUAAGGAGCAUAUUCUCCGGCUGACGAAGUUCAUCAAGUCUAUUACACUUGAUAAGAUCGACUACAACAGCAACAAUCUGUCGAGCCCAUAUUGGACUGGAAUGGAGUUGCUUGAACUCUAUAAGAUGCACGAGCUUGAAGAAUCCGCGGUGAAUACUUUCCUCGCAGCCUGCAGAACGGCGCUGAAUACGUAA